AUGGAUGAAAUAUACGAUAUUGAUGAUAGUUGUUUAUUCACCACUAUUACUACUACUUCACAUGAUCCCACUCAAUCACAAAAAAAUAAUGAUGACCUUAUCUUAUUCCCAAGUAUUAAAUGCGGAACCUCUUAUGAUAGAAAGAAAAAUGAUCUACUAUGGAAAUUAACAACGCCGUUAUCAUCUUCAUCUCCCUCAUCAUUAAUAACAACAACAUCUCAUUCAUUAACAUAUUUAAACCGUCAUCAUUUUUCAAAUGCCCAUUCAAGAAAUGUAACUAAACAUCACAUUCAGCAUCAUCAUCAACGAAAUGCUCGUUUAAGUAUAAAUGCUAGAGAAAGACGACGAAUGCAUGAUUUAAAUGAUGCAUUAGAUGAUUUACGCAGUGUUAUCCCGUAUGCACACAGUCCAUCUGUAAGAAAACUGUCAAAAAUCGCUACAUUGUUAUUAGCAAAAAAUUACAUUCUAAUGCAGGCAAAUGCAAUUGAUGAAUUAUACAAAUUAAUCAUACGUCUUAACUCACAAAUUCAACAGUCAGACUCUUUAUUAUUAAAUGAUGAUCAUAAAAGCAUCACAUUUGAACCUAUCAAAUCGAAAUUACUGGAUACUACUCACCUUGAUAGCAACUGUAAUAUUCCAAGUAAUGUUAUAUAUACAUCUCCUGUCCACCCGAUAUCUUUCCCAUCUCACCUACCUCCAUGUUCAAUGUCAAGUUCAUCAGAAAACAAUAAGUAAAACAAAGCACCUAUCAAUAAACUACUACAUUUCUUCAAUAAUGAUAAUAAUAACUUAAAGAUCUUCAGAGUUAAAGUGCAAUAUGGUUGAUCAGCCUAACUAAUGAUUUCACUAAACAGUUUGAAUGGAUUUUCUUAUAACAUCUGUAAAAGUAUUUAUUAGGGUAUUAUUUGACGUUUAUUUCAAUUGAUA